AUGGCCAGCUCCGCCCUGCAGUACGCCGGGCUGGUGCUGGGGGGCGUCGGCCUGGUGGGCGCGGUGGCCGUCACCAUCAUGCCUCAGUGGAAGGUGUCCGCCUUCAUUGGGGCCAACCUGGUGGUGUUUGAAAACCUCUGGGAGGGGCUGUGGAUGAGCUGCAAGAGCCAGGCCACCUUCAGGCUGCAGUGCAAGGUCUACGACUCUCUGCUGGCCCUGCCCCCCGACCUGCAGGCGGCCCGGGGGCUGAUGUGCGCGGCGGCGGUGCUGGCCUUCCUGGCCUUCGCGACGGCCGUCCUCGGUAUGAAGUGCACCAGGUGCGCCGGGGACGAUGCCCGGGCCAAGGCGCCCCUCCUGCUGGCGGCCGGAAUCACGUUCAUCAUCGCGGGCCUGGUGGUGCUCACCCCCGUGAGCUGGGUGGCCAGCUCCAUCAUCAGGGACUUCUACAACCCCACCCUGGACGACGGCCGCAAGCGGGAGCUGGGGGAGGCCCUCUACCUGGGCUGGGCCUCGGCGCUGGCCCUGGUGGCGGCGGGGGCGGUGCUGUCUAGUGCCUCCUGCGUCGGCGGCGAGAGCAGGAGCUACAGGUACUCCCUGCCUUCCCACCGCACGGCCACCAGGAACGGCCACACGGAGAAGAAGCCCCUGAGCGUGUACUCCAGGAGCCAGUACGUGUAG